AUGAUUCAUCAGAAACCUCUCACAUCUGCACCACCUCGCCUCCAGCGUAUGCUCAUGCGUCUUCAGCCAUACAACUUCACUCUGCAAUACCGGCCCGGCAAAGAGGUUCCCGUUGCUGACAGCUUAUCACGCUCUCCAACGACUGACGGUACACAUAUUCCGUUAGACAUUCAGAUAAACCUCGUGCACUUCACUGCUGAUCGCCUUGCAGCUGUCAAACGCGAGACGGAACGAGAUCCCAUACUUCAGGAACUCAAACAGAUCAUCAUAUCCGGUUGGCCAGAUCGGAUGAAGGAUCUCCCAGCUCCCCUCCGACCAUAUUGGUCAUUUCGUGAUGAGCUCGCAAUCGCUGAUGGCAUCCUUAUGAAAGGAUGUUGUGUUGUCAUACCUACAGCCAUGCAUACAUACACGCUGAACAAGCUGCAUGAGGGUCAUCAGGUUGCAACCAAGACGAAGCUCCGAGCGAAAGACACUGUGUAUUGGCUCAACAUGAAUCAAGACAUAGAUCAUGUUGUGAGUCAAUGCCCUACAUGUCAGGAACAUCAACGGUCACAAACCAAGGAGACUCUACUUCCACACGAGCUGCCGACGCGACCAUGGCAAAUACUUGGAACUGACCUAUUCCACUUUGAGGGAAAUGAGUAUCUCAUGAUAGCUGACUAUUACUCUAAAUUUCCUCUGGUUCACAGAAUGCCUGCAAACUGCACAAGUGGUGCAGUGAUUGAUGCCACUCAGCAAAUCUUUUCCGAGCACGGUGUGCCGGAGAAGAUUAUUAGCGACAAUGGUCCACAUUUUGCCUCUGCCGCCUACAAAGUGUUUGCUGACGAAUGGGGCUUUACACAUGUAACGUCUUCGCCUCAUUUCCCACAGUCGAAUGGGUUCGUCGAAAGAAUGAUACAAACCGUCAAGCGUACAAUGACCAAAGCAAGAGCCUGUGGUCAAAACAUCAGCAUGGCUCUUCUAUGCCUUCGGACAACCCCAGUGGACAGCAAACUUCCAAGCCCUGCAGAACUGCUCUGCGGUAGAAAGGUUCAGAGCAACCUUCCCGUUGUGAUUCAGAAUACCUCGGAACACAAGGACCAGACAUACCAACGCCUACAGGACAGACAAGCACAACAAAAAGCCUACCAGGACAGAUCAGCUCAUGACCUCAAGCCACUUCACCCAGGUCAACUAGUUCGUGUACAGGAUCCACGAACUGGGUUGUGGACACCAGCUCAGAUAAAACAGCGCUGUGAAGAACCACGUUCUUAUGUCAUAGUGACACCCAAUGGUCGCGAACUUCGACGCAAUCGCCGCCAUCUUCGUGACAUUGAACCUGCCAAAAAACGUGUCACAUUCGAAGAUGACACUUCACCGUCUCGUAACAGAGAAGUACAGGACACCCCGAAAACUCCCACUAUCACGCGAUCAGGUCGGCAAGUCAAACCACCAAAGAGACUUGAUCUGUGA